AUGUCGAAUAGUCAAAAUUUUAAUUCCACUGUCACUACAAGCGAAGAAUCUGUAGUUGGACCACCAACAUGGAGAAAAGUAGUUUAUACAUCACUUGCAGCAUUAACAUUUCUGUAUCUUACAAUAACAAUCAUUUUGUUCUAUACAAGACGUAAAAACAUAUCAGACAUUAAAUAUAGACCGAUGCGUUUAAAUAUCUUAAAUACUGUAGCAAUAAUCGUGCUUUCAUUCACUUGUAGAGUGCUAGCAUUUACAUGGGUUGUAAAAUAUAAUUUGGCAAAAUUAAGAAUGAGCAUGGCCUAUUCACAACCAUCUUUUUACAACAAUACGUCUAAUCCACCAAUAUCACCAAUGUCACCAAUGAGAGAAAGAUUGGAAUUUCCAGAAUCUAAAUUGAUGAAUAGAUUGAGGAAAUUCAGACAAUAUGUAACCGACAAAUGGUUAACAAGCUGGGUCAUUACACCAAUCAUGAUCUUGGUAUUAAUAGGCUCUUCAAUUGCACAAAUAAUUAACCCAACGAUUUCUAUAAUUCCUUUAAACACAAAUUGUUCAACAAUUGGACCUGGGGCCAUUCCACUUUUCGUACUAAUUGGAUUCUUUUUGAUCAUCGUUUGUCCGAUUCUUUUCUAUUUACUAUACGGUAUAAACGAUGCAUUUGGUCUUAGGAAUGAAUUAAUGGUGACACUUGUUAGUGGAGUUGUUGCAUAUGUUUGUUACUUUGUGUUUGAAUUAUUACUUCGAAACUGGAGAAAUUAUGUUGGAAGUUUUAUGUUUGGAUGGGUAACUCUUAUUUUGGGUCACACCUUAUCAAUUACAAUCCCAGUCAUAAAGAGUUUUAAAAAUAAAAAAUUUAAUUCUUCGUCAUCAUCCUCAGGCGAGAAAAUACUAAAGACAGGAUCCAAGAAAUACGCACAAUUUGAAAAGGUUUUAGCAGAUAGAGAACUAUUUGAAAGUUAUAAAAUUUGUGCGGCAGCUUGUUUUUGUACAGAGUUAGUUAUUUUUCUACAAGAGUACCAAUUUCUAAAAUUAUUAGUUGCACAAUCUUGCACGCCAACAUCCAAAGAAUUAUUACCACCGUUAACACCCAAAUUAUGCGUAUCGGAUUCAGGACAAAUAUCAUUUACAGAUGGGGCUGGAAUAUUGGAUACAAAUUUAACAUCGGCAACAUUGAUUUCUCCUUCAUUAAUAUCAACUCCAUGUACUGUUUCCAUAGUCAACACUGUAUCAGCAGCAUCAUGGAUACCAUUUCCGCACGAAUUAAAAAACGAUUACUUGACAUUUUACGAUACGUUCUUUGACACAAAUAGCGACUUGGCAAUAAAUUUCUCUGGAAAUUUAUUAAACAUUGCUAAAAAUAAAAUUGAAAAAGGUCAAUAUGAAAUCUCAAUGUACGAAAGUUCAAGAGAUGAGAAUAAAAUAGAAAAGACAAGCUCCAAAAUCUGGCAGACAAAUUUAAAACCUGAUGCCAAAAGAGAAAUGUCAAUGCCAGUGACAGGCGAUAUUUCCUCACCUCAUUCUGAUAACAAUAUACCCCCCUCACUUGCAACACUUUAUAGUACAUCUAGUUUUCGUUUUGGAAACAUUAAGAAUAGUAGCAGUAAUGGUAGUAACGACAGUUUGGGAACCCAUUCUAAAUAUUCAGAGUCACAACAACAACAAAAAACAGAUCUUUUACCAUUUUAUAGACGACCUAGAUUUACCUCGUUUAUUACAACUAUUGUCAUAAAUUUUAUAUUCCCUUUUAUUAAUGGUGUAAUGUUGGGUUUGGGUGAGAUUUGUGCCAACGAAAUUGCCUUUAGAAUGGAAAAAUAUGGUACAGGGAUUGGUAAAAUUAAACUAAAAAAGAAAGUUAUGCCAGACGGUAAAGAGAUUGAUGACACUGAAAUAGUUUACGUUCAAGUUACACCAUUAAUGAUGACACCAAACUUGAAACUCAUACAAGAUAGAGAUGAUGAAAAUUUAAAAGAAG